AUGAAGUCACUCUCUUUCCUGGCAGCUUCGGCGCUGUUGGGCGGUGCUGCUGCCGAAGUGCACAAGCUCAAGCUCAACAAGGUCCCUUUGUCUGAGCAACUGAAUACCCACAACAUGGAGGCCCACAUGCACAACUUGGGUCAGAAGUACAUGGGCAUUCGCCCCGAGAAGCACCAGGAUCUGCUUCACGACACUUCCAUGAAGCCCGCUAGUGGGCAUGACGUGCUGGUUGACAACUUCCUGAAUGCCCAGUACUUCUCCGAGAUUCAGAUCGGCACUCCUCCCCAGACCUUCAAGGUUGUUCUCGACACCGGUAGCUCCAACUUGUGGGUUCCUUCCCAGCAGUGCAGCUCCAUCGCUUGCUUCCUUCACAGCAAAUAUGACUCGUCCGCUUCGAGCACAUAUGAGAAGAAUGGUACCGAGUUCGAGAUUCGGUAUGGAUCCGGCAGCCUGAGCGGCUUCGUGUCCAAGGACACUCUGCAGAUCGGUGACCUGAAGGUCAAGGGACAAGACUUUGCUGAGGCCACCAAUGAGCCUGGCCUUGCCUUUGCUUUCGGUCGCUUUGAUGAUGGUCCCCCCUUCUACAACAUGAUCAACCAGAAGUCUGUUGAUGAGCCCGUGUUUGCCUUCUACUUGGGUGAUGCCAACAAGGACGGUGAUAGCUCUGAAGCUACUUUCGGUGGUAUCGACAAGAGCCACUACACUGGCGAGCUGAUCAAGAUUCCUCUCCGUCGCAAGGCGUACUGGGAGGUCGACCUUGACUCUAUUGCCCUCGGUGACAACGUUGCUGAACUUGAGAACACCGGUGUCAUUCUGGACACUGGUACCUCUCUGAUUGCCCUGCCCUCCACCAUGGCCGAGCUUCUGAACAAGGAGAUUGGUGCUACCAAGAGCUGGAAUGGUCAAUACACCGUGGACUGUGCCACACGGGACUCGCUCCCCGACCUCACUUUCACCCUGGCCGGUCACCCCUUCACGAUUGGCCCCUACGACUACGUCCUGGAAGUCCAAGGUUCCUGCAUUAGCAGCUUCAUGGGCAUGGACUUCCCCGAGCCCGUGGGUCCCCUGGCUAUCUUGGGUGACUCCUUCCUGCGUCGCUGGUACAGUGUCUAUGACGUUGGCAACAACGCCGUUGGUUUGGCCAAGGCCAAGUAA